AUGAUUAAGAAUUGCAUAUAUCCUUUAAUUGGAUUUUUUACUGUUGUUGGAAGAAUUUUCAUAUUUUUUUGCUUUUGGUGGGCAUAUGAUGGUGUUGAAGAAGCUUUCAGUGAUAAAAGAUUAGGGUACUAAAAUGAAUUUUAUGCUUGGGAAUCACCUCCUAUUUUUAAAAUACAGUAAUUAUUCUCAAACCCAAAUUGUCCAGAUGGAACUGAAAUACUGUAUAAUUAUAUUUGGUAAGGGAGAUAAUCGUUCACAGAAGAUGGAGUUGAAUAAAAAAGCAUCUCUUCACAUCAAUUCAAAUUUUGGGUGUAUGAACCUUUGCCUUCUAAGAAAUUUAUACUCUGCGCAACAUUAGGAUUGAAAAAUGAGACUUAUGCAUAGUUUGGAAGAGUUAAGAAAACUUGUGAGGAUAGAUAAAUGAGAUCAUGUAGUAAUGGUAGGUUUUGUGUUCCAUCUACUUAUCAAUAUUGUCCAAUUACUAAAGUAGAAUUUGAUGAAGCAGGUGUUCUGAAGACUGAAGUUGACCCAUCCGAGAUGCCUAUAGCAUAUUUUAAGGUUGAUACUUACUUUGUUAGUGUUUACAACAACAGAGAUUAAAAUUUGUAUCCAAAUCAACCUUAGGAUGAUAAACUUGUAGAGAAAUACUCCUCUAAAGACAUUGAAUACAAAGAUAACUCUUUCAUUCCUUUAAAUACUGUAAAUGACUAAUUAUUUUACUCAAUUAAUUCAGCAUCUGAUUAUGAUCGAACUAUAAGUGCAAAUUACAAUAAGACAUUAUUUUAUAGAAGAUAUAAAGAAUGGUAGUAUGAAGCAUUGGGAGAUUUAUUUGACUAUGCAUUCAAUAUUUUUGAUUCAUUAGACGAGAUUAUUAUGUUGUCUGAUUCUGGUACAAUAACAUCAUUGAUUUAUCUAUUAUUGGUUUGCUACCUUAUUCCAGCACUCCCUGUUAUCUUGAGAUUUAUUAGUGUAUUCAAAGUGGAAAACAUAUUUAUUUGGGAUAUUGUCAUCAGAAUGGUUUUGUUGUUUACAUUGUUGGCUUAAUCAUUAUAUAUUAUUAAACAAUGUCAAGAUGUAGUAAACUAUUCUAAUCUAUUAUUAAAAAAUGAUAAUAUUGUUGGAUUUGAAGAUCAAUAUGAUGGUGUAAUCGAACUUAUAGAUGGGUAGGAACCAUAUCAUAUAAUUUCAAUUGCAGUUUCAUUAGGAUUCUUAGGAGUUGAAGUAUUUUUGUGGUUCACAAUUGGUUUGAAGGCUUGUUUUGCUUGGAUAAUGAAAAUUUUUAAAUAAAUUAAAUUCAAAAAAUAGAUUAAAGAAGAAAUUCGAAGGGAAGAAGAUAUUGAGAAUUUAAAUCAAUUACAUUCAAAGCAAGGUAAUGCGGAACAAGAAAAAUUAAAUUGA